UACGACUAAAUAAAUAGUCCCACAGUUCUAGGAUACUGUACCCUUUAAAGUUGAUACUUCCGUCAUACUUUGUUCAUUCACAGUUUGGUAUCAAUAGCAAAAAAUGGCGGACAAACUCUCAGCUUUGAGAACUUUAAUGGCUUCUCACUCUCCUCCUCUUCAUGCUUUAAUCGUUCCUUCUGAAGAUUAUCAUCAGAGCGAGUAUGUCUCUAAUCGUGAUAAAAGGCGGCAAUUUAUUUCAGGAUUUUCCGGAAGUGCUGGUUUGGCCCUUAUAACAACGAACGAUGCACGGCUUUGGACCGACGGGAGGUAUUUCUUGCAGGCGGAGAAACAGCUGAGUACUCAGUGGAGGCUUAUGCGUAUGGGAGAAGAUCCUGCAGUAGAAAUCUGGAUGGCAGAUAAUCUUCCAGAAGAAGCUGCUAUUGGCAUUGACCCCUGGUGUGUAUCAAUAGACACUGCACAAAGAUGGGAGCGUGCACUUGAGAAGAAGCGACAAAAGUUGGUUUCAACCUCGAAUAAUCUUGUCGACCAAAUAUGGAAAGACAGGCCAGAAACUGAGGUAAAACCCGUCAAGGUGCAACCACUGGAGUUUGCUGGACGCACAGUUGCUGAGAAGUUACAAGAUGUAAGGGGAAAACUUACGCAGGAGAAAGCACAUAGUAUUGUUAUCACUGCGCUUGAUGAGGUUGCUUGGUUAUACAAUGUUCGUGGUAAUGAUGUUUCAUAUUGUCCAGUUGUUCAUGCUUUUGCUGUAGUAACAUCAGCAGCAGCAUUUUUCUAUGUGGACCAGCAAAAAGUAUCUCCUGAGGUAAUAUCUCAAAUGAAGAAGAACAAUAUUGAAGUCCGAGACUAUGACGCAGUUAGUGCAGAUGUUGACCUGCUUGCAUCCAAUCAACUUGAUUCUUCCUUGUCAGUUAAUGCUGCUGAAGAUAAAGCUGUGUCUGGUACAACACCAGAACAUAAAACUGGGGACAUGCGAAAAGAAUGUAACUUCGUUUGGAUGGACCCUCGCUCAUGCUGCUAUGCUCUAUAUUCCAAACUCAAGUCUGAUCAGGUCUUUUUGCAGCAGUCUCCUUUGGCUCUUGCAAAAGCUUUGAAGAAUUCUGCCGAAAUGGAAGGUUUGAGGAAUGCGCAUAUGCGGGAUGGUGCAGCUGUUGUGCAGUUCCUUGUGUGGCUUGAGCAGCAGAUGCAGGAGCUUUAUGGGGCUCCUGGUUAUUUCUCUGAGGCUGAGACAGAAAGGAAAAAACCUUCGGAAGCACAGAAACUGACGGAAGUCUCAGUAAGUGACAAGCUAGAAGGUUUUCGUGCAUCAAAGGAGCAUUUUAGGGGGCUGAGUUUUCCUACCAUCUCAUCUGUUGGUCCAAAUGCGGCUAUUAUUCAUUAUGGGCCUGAUCCUGAAACUUGUGCUGAGAUGGAUCCAGAUCGAAUUUACCUGUUUGAUUCAGGAGCACAGUAUCAAGAUGGAACAACUGAUAUAACUCGGACAGUGCAUUUUGGGCAACCUUCUGCCCAUGAGAAGACAUGCUACACAGGGGUUCUUAAAGGUCACAUUGCACUGGGUAAUGCUCGGUUUCCGAAAGGAACUAAUGGUCAUGCUCUCGACAUCCUUGCACGAGUUCCUCUGUGGAAGUAUGGACUUGAUUAUCGACAUGGUACAGGUCAUGGCAUAGGGUCCUACCUCAACGUGCAUGAAGGUCCCCAUUUGAUUAGCUUCAGACCCCAGGCUCAGAAUGUGCCUCUCCAAGCUGCAAUGACUGUAACAGAUGAGCCUGGUUACUACGAGGACGGGAAUUUUGGUAUAAGAUUGGAGAAUGUGCUUAUAGUAAACGAGGCAAAUACAAAAUUCAACUUCGGUGAUAGAGGGUACCUAGAAUUUGAGCAUAUUACAUGGGCCCCAUAUCAACAUAAGUUGAUAGACUUGAAACUUCUGACCCCAGAAGAGAUAAGUUGGGUGAACACUUAUCAUUCAAGGUGUCGAGAAAUUUUGUCACCUUAUAUGAAUGAAACGGAGAUGGCAUGGUUAAGAAAAGCAACAGAACCCAUUGAUAUGGUCAAGUCACAUUAGCUACUGAAUUAGUUAUAUUUCCAUAUUUGUUAUUUAAACUCAAUCUUUAAUUUUACAAGUUAUUGCUAUUGGAUUUGUUUCUGAACUCUUUUGAGAUCUUUGAAGCAAAAUACCUUUAGAAGUAGUUAGUUUGAAGGCUCCAAUAACGACCCUAUGUGCUUUUGAGGCACCAUGGUCACUCACAAAGAAGACUAUCUGUGGAGUUAAUCGUUUUUUCUCCCAUGUGUUUACUGCCAUAUUUCUAUCUUUUACAGACACUUCCAUUUCAUGAUUCUCUAUUUCUUCUA